AAAAAAAGAACAACCGGAAGUUGAUUCUCAUUGCUGAACCAUCGCCGCGUGCAGUGUACGACUAUUGAGUGUAUGAAUUCAACAUGGCUGCGAUUGGAAUUCACUUUGGCUAUACAUGUGCCUGUGUUGCCAUAUAUAAGGAUGGUCGGGCUGAGGUGGUGGCUAAUGAUGCAGGAGACCGUGUGACCCCAGCUGUAGUGGGCUACAGAGACACUGAGCAGAUUGUUGGUAUUGCUGCAAAACAAGGACGAGUUCGCAAUGCUGCCAACACAGUUGUUAAAGUGAAACAAGUCCUGGGAAAAAGAUUUGAUGAUCCCGAAGCACAAGCUCAUAAAAAGGAGACCAAGUGCCAGGUUGUCAACAGAGAAGGGAAGCCAUUUUAUGAGAUCACAUUCGGAGAGCCACCAGUGUAUAUGGCACCAGAAGAUGUUGCAAAACUGAUCUUCAUUAAAAUGAAAGAAACAGCUCAGUCAGCUCUGGGUUCUGAUGUUUAUGAUACUGUCAUAACUGUUCCUUUUGAGUUUGCCUAUCCACAGAAGCAGGCUCUGAGACAGGCAGCUGAAGCUGCAGGGUUUCAUGUAUUGAGGAUGAUCCAUGAGCCUGCUGCAGCUUUACUGGCCUAUAAUAUUGGACAAGAGUGCUCCUAUGGAAAAAGCCAUGUCUUGGUGUACAAGCUGGGCGGAACCUCCCUCAGUGUAACACUCCUGCAGAUAAAUGGAGGGAUAUCAAGGGUUCUCAGCACAUGCACUGACCACAGCAUUGGAGGAGAGAAUUUUACACAAGCCUUAGCCCAGCACCUAGCCUCAGAGUUUCAGCGAACCUAUAAGCAUGAUGUGAGCAGUAAUGCUCGAGCAAUGCUGAAGCUUAUGAAUAGUGCAGACAUGGCCAAGCACACACUAUCCUCCUUGGGAUCAGCCAACUGCUUUGUGGAUUCGCUGCAUGAUGGCAUUGACUUCGAGUGCAAUGUUUCAAGAGCUCGUUUUGAGCUACUCUGCUCCUCACUCUUCAACAAAAGCAUCCAGCCAGUCAAGUCCCUGCUAGAUGAAGCAGGGCUCUCUGCUGGGGUCAUUGAUAAGGUUGUUCUAUGCGGUGGCUCAGCCCGCAUACCUCGUCUACAACAUUUGAUCCGUGAAAUGUUUCCUGAGGUGGAACUACUCAGUUCAGCUCCCCCUGAUGAGAUUAUUGCUUUAGGAGCAGCCAUAGAAGCCGGAUUACUUGUCGGCAGAGAUAGCAUAAAAUCUGAAGAGGAGUCUUUCACAGUGGAUGUUUCUGCUGUUGAUAUCCUGUUGAAGGAGAUAGAUGAAUCAGGAGCUGAGACAUUCACUGUUCUUCUUCCAUCUGGCACUCCCCUUCCUGCCCGGAGACAUCACCUCCUUUGUGGAGAGGGCAAACUGUCCACCCUCUGUUUAGAGAUCUACCAGAGAUUUGUUGCAGAGCAGCCAGAAAAUCUGGGCAAGAUCAUAUUCAGAGACCUGCAGUCCAAAGAGGAAAACCACAACAUAGAUGCUGUACUAACAAUGAAAAGGGAUGGCUGUGUUCAUAUUUCAUGUGUAGAACAGACCCACGGAAAGUCUGAAGCCAUCAUCAUACCAGCGGCAUCAUAAAGACCACAACCUCUGGAAGAAAUCACACACAAUUUAAGCAUUGUUGUUUUUUUAAUGCAAUAAAAUAAAUACUGAAACUGUGUGUCUUGUUGUGGGUUACUAUACUGUUGUUAAAUUUUGCAGAUUGCAAGUAGAUGGGUUCCACCCCUUUUUAUUUGUUAUUUAAGUAUGGUGCACAAGUAGGUGAUUAGUAUGAUUUGAGUUCAGACAAUUAUGACCGUGUGGAAUUACUGUAAGGGUGUUCAGGUGUGCUUUAUCAUCACAUUGUGCAUUGGAAAGGCCUUGUCUUUCUCAUUUUAAUAAUAAUUAAAUGAUGCUCCAAUGGGCAUUUCAUGUCGUU